AUGUCGUACAAAACACACGAUUUGGUAAUCCUUGUCGUUGGAAGCGGAGGGAGAGAGCAUGCUCUGGCGUGGCGGAUUGCUAAAUCCCCUCUCGUCAAGCGUGUUCAUGUAGCUCCAGGCAACGGCGGCACUGCCAGUAUCGCAGAUGGCAGUAAAGUCGUUAACGUUUCCGGGAUGAGCACAAGUGAUUUCAAGUCGCUUGUCAAAUUCGCUGUUGACGAGCACGUCGACCUCGUUGUGCCCGGUCCCGAGCAACCACUCGUCGACGGCAUCGAAGAAGCAUUUAGGAAGGUCGGGAUCCCGGUUUUUGGACCAACUGCGCACGCCGCGCGCAUGGAAGGCUCAAAAGCCUUCGCAAAGGAUUUCAUGGCUCGCAAUGAUAUACCGACGGCUUCUUACCGCAUCUUUGAACCUUCUCAGUAUGACGAAGCCUUGAAAUAUGUCGAUCAGCAUGGUUUUCAAAACGUUGUUCUCAAGGCCAGCGGCUUGGCUGCAGGGAAGGGUGUACUGCUUCCCGAAACGGCAGGAGAUGCCGAACGUGGUCUCCGCGCAAUAUUACUUGAAAAAGCUUUCGGGGACGCAGGUUCAUCCGUUGUCAUCGAAGAGCGGCUUACUGGCCCGGAACUUUCAAUAUUGGCUUUUUCUGAUGGUUAUACAAUCAUUCCCCUCCCUCCUGCACAGGACCAUAAACGUAUUGGGGAGGGUGAUACUGGGUUGAACACAGGAGGGAUGGGUGCAUAUAGUCCUGCCCCUCCAAGCAUUGCUAGCCCAGGGACCCUAAAAAGGAUACAAAAAGAAGUUCUUCAGCCUACUAUAGAUGGAAUGAGACGAGAAGGAUUCCCCUUCCUCGGCAUGUUAUUCACAGGGCUUAUGAUUACGCCCUCGGGCGAUCCCAAGGUUCUCGAGUAUAAUGUGCGGUUCGGUGAUCCUGAAACAGAAGCCCUGCUCCUCUUGCUGGACGACAACACUGAUUUAGCAGAAAUACUACUUGCUUGCGUCCAUCGUCGUCUUGACGCCGUAAAAAUUUCUUACCGCUCCGGAUCCGCUGUGUCAGUGGUCCUAGCGUCCGGCGGUUACCCAGGGUCAUUCGAGAAAGGAAAAAUAAUCACCAUCAAUGAGGAUGAGAUCCCAAGAGGAGUGCAGAUUUUCCAUGCCGGCACUGCCCUUAACAAAAAGAAGCAAAUCGUCACAUCUGGAGGACGCGUCCUCGUUGUUUCGGCAUAUGCAGAGACUCUCCAGGAAGCGCUUGACCUCGCCUAUCGGGGGAUUCAGAAGGUGAACUUCGAAGGAAUGGUGUAUCGACGAGACAUUGGACACCGAGCCCUCAAGGCACUUCCUUUAGAACAAGGCUUAACUUACGCUUCUGCUGGUGUUUCCAUAGCGGCUGGAGAUGAGCUCGUGAAGGCAAUUAAACCACUUGUACAGUCCACGCGACGCAAAGGUGCCGAAGAAGCAGAAAUCGGUGGAUUUGGUGGCAUCUUUGAUCUCAAAUCCAUCGUGGGGAACGGCCUUGGACAAACGAGGGACCCACUGCUCGUAAGUGGCACUGACGGUGUUGGCACAAAGUUACGUGUCGCCAUUGACGCGGGCAUACACGACACCGUUGGCAUCGACCUUGUCGCCAUGUCCGUGAAUGACCUUUUGGUUCAAGGGGCGGAGCCAUUGUUCUUCCUUGAUUACUACGGAUGCAGCAAACUGGACGUUCCAGUUGCGGUACAAUCUGGUUGUGUUUUGAACGGCGGUGAGACGGCGGAAAUGCCGGGGAUAUAUAAUGAAAAUGAUUAUGAUCUUGCUGGCUUCGCCGUUGGCGUGGUUGAGCGCUCUCUUCUCCUCCCAAGGAAGGACAUUCAAGCCGGAGAUGUACUAUUGGGCAUUGCAUCCUCUGGCCUCCAUUCAAACGGUUUCUCCCUCGUACGGAAGAUUAUUUCCUCAAAAGGGGUUGCCUUUGAGGAUCAAUGUCCAUGGGAUCCUUCGACUACCAUUGGUCGCUCUCUCCUGAUACCGACUCGCAUUUAUGUCAAGUCCCUUUUACCCGCGGCCAAGGCGGGGCUGUUCAAGGGCAUGGCUCACAUUACUGGCGGUGGCUUCAUCGAAAAUAUCCCGCGAGUAUUCCCAAAGUCCUCUGGCCUUGGCUGCUUCGUCGACGUAAAAACAUUCCCUCGACCUCCCGUUUUCUCUUACCUUUCCAAGGUAGGAAAAGUCGAGCAUCGUGAGAUGGCACGUACCUUCAACAAUGGCAUCGGGAUGGUUAUCGUGGUUGAUAAGCAAAAUGUGGAAAAGGCAAGACAGGCGAUCCUCGCCUCGGGUGAAGAAGGAAACGUGUAUGUUAUCGGUGAGGUCACAGAUGAUGAAGGCGUUGAAUUGCGUGGCCUGGUCGCAUGGGACGCGUGA